AUUAGUUGAGCAAGAUCAAUCAUACUUACGCCUACUUUUAAUAUAGACAAAGUUACCUAUCUUACUGAAGAAUUUAACUUUUUUUAUUAAACCAUUAUUUUUAUAUACUGUAACUUGUCUGCUAAUGGCCACGCUGUGUAGAUUAACAUAUCCUGGUUGUCAUAUCAGAUAAUAAGGUAGUGAUUAGUAUCACAAGUAUUUGAUAGAAGAGAAAGGGAGAGGAUAAUAUGAUACCUUGGAUCCACUAUCUCAGUUUCCACAGCAACCGGUAUUAAAUAACAUGUACUCUGUGGUGGACUUUGAACCGGCAGGCGGAUGGGUGUGGAGACAGGUAAGGUAAGCCAGUUGCAUUCCAGGAAGAGAGAUCUCUGACUACAGACAUGGCUAAAUUCCUGUCAGGAACUCAGAUCAACGAGUUCAAGGAAUGUUUCUCCUUGUACGACAAGAAGCGCAAGGGGAAGAUUGAAGCCAAGGACCUGAUCACAGUUAUGCGCUGUCUGGGGACGAGUCCCACCUUCGGUGAGAUCGACCGACACCUGCAGGUCCACAAGAUAGAAAAGAAGGGUGAGCUAGACUUCUCCACCUUCCUGACCAUGAUGCACCGGCAGAUCCAGCAGGAGGACCCCAAGGCGGAGAUCCUGGAGGCCAUGAGGAUGACGGACAAGCAGAAGAAGGGCUACAUCCUGGCCUCGGAGCUCCGGGCCAAGCUCACCAAGCUAGGAGAGAAGCUGACUGAUAAAGAAGUGGACGAGCUGUUCAGAGAAGCCAACGUGAAGUCUAAUGGCAACGUGCACUACGAGGAGUUCACCAGGAUGGUGACACUACCGUCAGUGGAUUACUGAGGGACAGGACAGGAGGAGAUGACGUCCUUUAUGACAGGGAAGCAUGGUCAUGGAAGGGACCUGGUUAUGCAUGCACUGAGCAUUACCCAACCACCUCCAUGCACUGAGCAUUACCCAACCACCUCCAUGCACUGAGCAUUACCCAACCACCUCCAUGCACUGAGCAUUACCCAACCACCUCCAUGCACUGAGCAUUACCCAACCACCUGCAUGCACUGAGCAUUACCCAACCACCUGCAUGCACUGAGCAUUACCCAACCACCUCCAUGCACUGAGCAUUACCCAACCACCUCCAUGCACUGAGCAUUACCCAACCACCUGCAUGCACUGAGCAUUACCCAACCACCUCCAUGCACUGAGCAUUACCCAACCACCUCCAUGCACUGAGCAUUACCCAACCACCUGCAUGCACUGAGCAUUACCCAACCACCUCCAUGCACUGAGCAUUACCCAACCACCUCCAUGCACUGAGCAUUACCCAACCACCUGCAUGCACUGAGCAUUACCCAACCACCUCCAUGCACUGAGCAUUACCCAACCACCUCGAUGCACUGAGCAUUACCCAACCACCUGCAUGCACUGAGCAUUACCCAACCACCUCCAUGCACUGAGCAUUACCCAACCACCUCCAUGCACUGAGCAUUACCCAACCACCUGCAUGCACUGAGCAUUACCCAACCACCUCCAUGCACUGAGCAUUACCCAACCACCUCCAUGCACUGAGCAUUACCCAACCACCUGCAUGCACUGAGCAUUACCCAACCACCUCCAUGCACUGAGCAUUACCCAACCACCUGCAUGCACUGAGCAUUACCCAACCACCUCCAUGCACUGAGCAUUACCCAACCACCUCCAUGCACUGAGCAUUACCCAACCACCUGCAUGCACUGAGCAUUACCCAACCACCUGCAUGCACUGAGCAUUACCCAACCACCUGCAUGCACUGAGCAUUACCCAACCACCUCCAUGCACUGAGCAUUACCCAACCACCUCCAUGCACUGAGCAUUACCCAACCACCUCCAUGCACUGAGCAUUACCCAACCACCUCCAUGCACUGAGCAUUACCCAACCACCUCCAUGCACUGAGCAUUACCCAACCACCUGCAUGCACUGAGCAUUACCCAACCACCUCCAUGCACUGAGCAUUACCCAACCACCUCCAUGCACUGAGCAUUACCCAACCACCUCCAUGCACUGAGCAUUACCCAACCACCUCCAUGCACUGAGCAUUACCCAACCACCUCCAUGCACUGAGCAUUACCCAACCACCUGCAUGCACUGAGCAUUACCCAACCACCUGCAUGCACUGAGCAUUACCCAACCACCUCCAUGCACUGAGCAUUACCCAACCACCUCCAUGCACUGAGCAUUACCCAACCACCUCCAUGCACUGAGCAUUACCCAACCACCUGCAUGCACUGAGCAUUACCCAACCACCUGCAUGCACUGAGCAUUACCCAACCACCUGCAUGCACUUAAUGUAUUGAUCAUCUAGGUUUGUGUCUAUUGUACGCUACUUUCUAUCAUUUAUACAAGUGCAUUUGAUGAAUUAAAUGGAUGUCCUUUUUUAAAUUCUAAUUGGGGGGGUUUAUUUGACUUGCUGCAGGAAGAGUAUCUACAGGAAGAGUAUCUGCUGCAUGUGCAAUAUGUAAUGGACAUUAAAAUAAACCAAAUCAACUAAAA